GCGGGUCCUGCUGGAGAGAGGCCGCGGGCGAGGGUCGCGGGCCUCUGCGCGGCGUCACGGCCUGCCGUCGCGGCUCGGCGCUGCCAUGGAGAGCGGGGGGCGGCCCUCCCUGGGCCAGUUCGUCCUCUUGGGCACCAGCUCUGUCGUCACCGCCGUUCUGUACUCCGUGUACCGGCAGAAGGCCCAGGUCGCCCAACAGCUCAAGGGAGCCAAGAAAAUCCACUUGGGUGACGAUUUGAAGAGUAUUCUUUCAGAAGCUCCAGGAAAAUGUGUGCCUUACGCUGUCAUUGAAGGGGCUGUGCAGUCUGUUAAAGAAACCCUGAACAGCCAGUUUGUGGAGAACUGCAAGGGGGUCAUCCAGCGGCUGACACUUCAGGAGCACAAGAUGGUAUGGAAUCGGACAACCCACCUUUGGAACGACUAUUCAAAGAUCAUUCACCAGAGGACCAACACGGUGCCCUUUGAUCUGGUGCCCCAUGAGGAUGAUGUAGGUGUGGCUGUGCGGGUGCUGAAGCCCCUGGACUCCGUGGAUCUGGGCCUUGAGACUGUGUACGAGAAGUUCCACCCCUCUGUCCAGUCCUUCACGGAUGCCAUUGGCCACUACAUCAGUGGUGAGCGGCCCAAAGGCAUCCAGGAGACAGAGGAGAUGCUGAAGGUGGGGGCCACACUCACGGGGAUUGGAGAGUUGGUCUUGGACAACAACUCUGUCCGCCUGCAGCCCCCCAAGCAGGGCAUGCAGUACUACCUGAGCAGCCAGGACUUUGACACCCUGCGCCAGCGGCAGGAGUCGAGCGUCAGGCUCUGGAAGGUGCUGGCUCUGGUGUUUGGCUUUGCCACGUGCGCUACUCUCUUCUUCAUCCUGCGGAGGCAGUACCUGCAGCGACAGGAGCGCCUGAGGCUGCAGCAGAUGCAGGAUGAGUUCCUGGAGCAUGAGGCCCAGCUGCUGCGCCAGGCCACGCCUGAGGACAGGGAGAGUCUCAAGAGUGCCUGUGUUGUGUGUCUGAGCAGCUUCAAAUCCUGUGUGUUUCUGGAGUGUGGCCAUGUGUGUUCCUGUCGAGAGUGCUACCGUGCCUUGCCAGAGCCCAAAAGGUGCCCCAUCUGCCGGCGAGAGAUCACCCGCGUGAUCCCCCUGUACAACAGCUGAGGGGCUCUCGGGCUCCUGCUACACCAGCAUAGCCUCCCUGGAAAAGUUUUUCUCGUGAAGCCUUUGGUGGGCAUGGCUGUACUUCCAGGUCUGACUGAGCAGAAACUUCCAGUCCCAUCCCUCGAUCAGCAGGGGAGGGAGGGCCCUAUGUCUCCCAGAGCAUCUGGGAAAGUCCCGGGGGGUGGGCUGUGGCCUGUGACCUCUCCCCGGAACCAUACGAUCGUGUGUCACAAAGCACCUGUUUGUCUAAGCUUCGAAGCCAGCCACCUCUAGCUCUUCUGGGCCUUUCUGGAGACGGUGGUUGCAGCCACCCAGUGUGGAGGAAAGGCCAGGCUCUGGGAGGCCUGAAGAGCCGUCUCAGGAGACUCUGCUGCUUUUCUAAUGCUUCAGUCUGGGAAAGAGGACUGUGUUCAAAACUGUCAGGCUGGGCAGGUUGCCUGUGUCCCAUUCCCACGGCUUGUUUCUGAAACCUGUGCUCGCAUGGGUGUGGAGAGGAAGCAGGAAGAUCAGCUGGCAGUCAUACCAACAAGCAGUGCCUUGAGGGCCCUGCAGAGGACAUGCCUGGGCCCUGAUGUGGCCCUCUAGUGCAGCAUGUGGGAGGGCCCAGGGAGACUCUGGUUUUCCCUGCCUAGGAGAAGCCAGAAGGGCCCCAUAGGAAGUUAGCAAAGGAUGCUGCUGUCCUGCCCUUUGCAGCUGUUCUGCCAGCUUUUACCAAGGAAAAAUAGCCAGCGGAGCCCUGAGCCCUGUCUGUGGCAGUUGGCUUCCCUGGGGUGUGGUCACAUGAUCGCAUUCCUGGUACUCUGCUCUCCCUACCCUCUGCUCCCUGAUUUCUGCUCCCCCCACCUCCUGCCCUCUGUUCCCAUCCCACCCUCCCACAGGCUGAACCCAGAAAUGCCCCAGGGCCAGCUUUCUCUCCCUCCUCACCAUUCACCCGUCCUCCUCUGGGGGGAGGUAGGGUUCUCAGGGCCCGACACUGAGACGCAGUGUCAAGUGAACAGCACAGAUUAAACAUGCACCACGUG